GCAAAGAAAAAUAUGGAGUGUGCUGUACAAUUGGUAGGAAUUGAUGUCCACCACAUGUUUGCAAAUUAUGCACACAACCUUUCUCUUUUAGGGUUUCUGAAGAUGAAGAAUCUUUUCCUUUCAAAAAGAAGAUAUAUAGCGUUUUGCUGAGAUUGAAUCUCAGCUGCCGGCAUCAAAUCUUGAGGCUUCUCUGAAGAAGCGAUCGAUAUGGUUGAAUUUUUUAGUAAGAUUUCUUCAUCCUUAUUUGCCUGCUCUUGGCAUGCGCAUGAGUACAAAAGUUGAUAGAUAGGCAACAGUAUAAUUCAAUCUCAGCUUUAGUAUGGACAUCAUUAAUUUCCAACAAAUUAUUCUCAGUGAUGAGGAGGAUUAGAUCAGUGCUCUUAAAAUGAUAAAAGAUACAGAAGAAAAGGAACGGUUUCCAUUUACUAAUCCAGAAGGUAAUACAGAAAUUAUCAACAACAGAACUACAACUGGCUCGAACAGCAGGCUAUGGUCCAGUCUUAAAGAUUCAAGAAUUGUAAGAGUUUCAAAAGCAUUCGGGGGAAAAGAUAGACAUAGCAAAGUAUGCACCGUAAGAGGUUUAAGAGAUCGUCGUGUAAGGCUUUCAGUUCCUACAGCUAUUCAACUAUACGAUCUCCAAGAUAGACUUGGUCUCAACCAACCCAGCAAAGUUGUAGAUUGGUUAUUGAACGCUGCUCAACAUGAAAUCAACAAGCUUCCUCCACUCGAAUAUCCUUUCGAAAAUUUCAUUCAGCCUCAUCAAUCUUCAGAUCAAGCUUCAAAAGCAAAGAGUACUUAUAACCCUGAUCAGUCUUUUGAUGUUGAAGAACACAACCUAGGAGUAGAAAGUCCAGCAUUAAUGUUUCAAGAUGUUGGUAUCUAUAACGCUCAAUCUUCAUUUCAUCAAGAUCAUAAUCUGCUGUCCAAUAAUUCAAGAGGAGGAGGAGGAGACCAAGCUUUGGGUUUGAUUAGUAAUAUUGGAAGCUUUCCUUACGCUUCUUUCUACCACUGGGAUCAAUCAAACAGAAGUUACUUAUCACAGUUCGAAAUCGUUUCAUCUCAAGUGGAUGUAGCUCCUGCAUCAGUGAUUUCUUCUUAUACGACUAGUACUGUUCCCUGUGAGUUAGAAGGAAUCUCAGCUCAGCAAAAUCUUCCUAACAACAGUGAUACGAUAUUCAGGAACUCUUUUUCUCUCAGCUACUCCAAUAGCUAGACCAUUUUAACUAGCCUGUGAGCUUCAGUUUCUGAAAAAUAUAUGGUGUUUCCAAUUUAGCGCGUUAUUAAGAUCAUAAUAACAUUUUGGAGAAGAUUUGAUAUUUGUUGCUGCACAUGGGCCGACUUAUAGAUAUACAAAAUAUAUUAAACUCCUGCUUAGUUUAUACAAAGCAUGCAAGUGAAUGCAAAGUGGAUGCUUAUAGAGAAGUGCGCAUUCUUGAAUGGACAUUGUCUAGCUUUGCCGGUCUAGUUGGUAUCUAUUUCAACGCGAAAACUAUUGUGUUCCCCGACUCAGCCUAAAAGAAAUAUUUGCCAUUUGUGAUUCAUUCAGCAAGCUGUCUUUUUUUUUUCUUUUUUUUUUCGGGAGGAUGGCAGCUACAAAUACUGAUUAAGCAAGAAGCGGCGUUGCUGCGAAGAAUUGAAUCAGGUGGCUUAUAGAUCUAUAGUGCCAUAUUCUGCAAUAAAUGCUUUAUUGCUUAUUUGCUUUUCCAGUACUGAUGGAACAGUUUUUAGUUCCUUUGUUUUUUGAAUCUUCUGUGCAAGGGUUUUUAUAUAGGAAAAUGAUAUGCUAUCAUAUACAAAUUAGUUUGCAUUUAAUAAAAGUGUUUUUAUAUAGGAAAA